UUUAAAAGCGCUGAGGAGUGAUCAUGUUUAUGUCUUGCUGUAAAUUUCUUUGUUUACAUAAUAUUUACCGAUAUUUCAUCACAGAUACAUUUAAAUCGACGCCAGACGAGAAGUGAUUCAAUAUUUACAGAAUAUCUGUAUCUUACAAUCGGUUUUAUUACUUGCAUAUUUUAUUUUUAGAUGAGGAUUGUUAGUUCAUAAACCAAAACUCGGAAAAGGCGUUUCAAAUGUUCUAUGUUAAUGAAUUUUACUCGAACAUCCAAGAUGAAUAGAAAACCAAGUACGAAAACCAAAUCAGAUGGUGGAAAGAAAUCCAAGACAGGUGGAAAGAUUAACUCUGAUGUCAGUGAAGUGAUGUCACUUGGAGGGAAACGUCAAGGCGACCUACUUCUGGAGCAGCUACAGAAAAGAGCAGCAUUUGGUGACAUCACAAAUGCUCUCAAAGACAAUGUGAACAAUAUUGGUGUAAAGAAAUCUCAGCUGUCGAAGAAUGCCAAACCCUUGCACCAGAAGACCAAAGCCAAGGAGAAUGUUAAGGAAACAAAAUAUAUAGCUGUUGACGAUGAAGACGAUGACGACGACGAUGACGACGAUGAAUUUAAACUGUCUCAAGAAGUGUUGUCGUCACAAGAGCUAGAGACACAUCAGGAUCUUGGUCUAUCGUUAGAAUUUGAACCCAUCAGUAAUGUUCAGGAUAGUGACCUUUCCAGUGAUUCCAUCAAGCAGGACCAAACAGUGUCUGAGGAGGAAGAUUUGUUGUGUCGUGAAGAUGAAAUUGAUGACAUUGAUGUAGAAAACCUUGGAGAUCCAGUCCAAGUCAGCUUCUAUGCCAAAGACAUCUUUAACUACUACAAAGAGAGAGAGGUGAAGUUCCGCAUUAAGAAGUACAUGUCUCAGCAGCCCCACCUGACGUCGAACAUGCGCUCAAUUCUCGUCGACUGGCUGGUCGAAGUGCAGGAGAACUUUGAACUCAACCACGAGACGCUGUACCUGGCCGUGAAGCUAGUGGACACCUUCCUCUCCAUACAGCAGGUCCCCAAGGAAAACCUCCAGCUCAUUGGAGCCGUGUCCUUAUUUAUCUCAUGCAAGUUCGACGAGCGGUGUCCCCCGCUGAUUGAAGAUUUCCUCUACAUAUGUGAUGACGCCUACAACCGGCGGGCAUUUAUUCGUAUGGAGAUCAACAUCUUGAAAACAGUCGGGUUUGACCUCGGGAUGCCCCUGUCGUACAGAUUCUUGAGGAGAUACGCCAAGUGCGGCAGAGCGUCAAUGGAGACACUCACCCUGGCUCGCUUUCUUCUCGAGAUGUCACUGAUGGACAUGAAGUUCAUCGAGAUUCCCGAAUCUAAGAUGGCUGCUGCAGCUCUUCACUUGGCACUGAGAAUGAAGAAGGAGAAACAGUGGAGUCGAACACUGGAGUAUUUCACUGGCUAUAAAGAGGCUGACCUCAAAGAUGUCACCAAGCUGUUGAAUCAGAUGAAUACAGCCCCACAGUCGAAACCACUGACAACAAUCCGGUCGAAAUACUCUCACAAAGUGUUCUAUGAAGUAACCAAAAUCCCAGCACUGAGUGAGAAAGAUUUAUAGAAGACUGCGUGUGAUGAACAGAGUGCCGUGAACGAGAGAAAGAAGUAAUCAUAUACAGAGAAGAAAGCUAUUUAUUAACAAGAGUUAACAAAUGCUGGAACAUUUGACCCGGCCCGACCUAAACACUGACAGUGGUGACACACCUGAAGAUUUGUGUGUGUGAUAACGUAGUUACGCAAGCUGAAGAGUCGUUUAACAAUGACUGGCAGGCACAAAAAGUAGUAGAUGGCCUUGCACUACAUUAUUUAUGCGCAGAUGACAUUGAAUGGCAAGCCCUUCAGAAGCGAAAGACUGGAGUAUUGGAUGCAGGGUUUAUAAAACUAUGUCACAGAAAUAGUGAUGUACAAUGAGGAAAGAGAAAGUUGUUAUGUCUGUUGAUAGGUUGUUGUACAACCACCUCACGAAGAAGGAUAUGUGGUUGUGAUGUGCUUGGUGUAGUCUUAGCGAGGUUCACACAAGUGAAUGAGACGGUCUUGUACAUUUUCAAAUCCUCGGACGGGGCGGGAUGAGGGUUGUGGGAGGAGCUGAUAUUUUUAGUAUUAAUUUGUAAAGAAAAGUUUUAUAUAACUUACACAAUAGUGUGUGUGGACACUGUUAAGCAAUACUGCCAUGAGCUGGCAAAAAGGUUAUAUGUAACUAACAUUAAAAUAAAUAUAGGUUCAGGGCAUAAAGGUACCACAGUUCUUCCAGUUUGUGAAAGUCUUUUUAACACAUCACUCUUCGACAUAAAGAUCUUACAUGUAUUUAACAAACGGCAUGAGUCAGUAUCUUUUUUGUGUUGACAACUUCCACUCCACCUUCGCUUCUAAAAUUUAUGGGCUGAAUUUAUGAAGCCUGUUUUUCUUAAACGCAGGUGUUUAAGCAUAGUAUAUGUAGGUAGUUCAGGAGUGGGAAUUCUCCUCGGAUCAGCUGUUUUUAUCUCGUGGAACAUUGCGUUUCCUCACAUUUUAAUCAUCCUUUUCUCCAAAAUGUGUCAGAUGACACAGAUUUUAACCUAGGAUUUCAAGAAUUUCCGGGACCCCUCUAGAUUUCCUCUUCUCUUCUUUUUUUUACAGUCCACCAAUUCCUAGCCCUGGUAGUUACACACAUAUAAGUCCACCAAUUCCUACCCCUGGUAGUUACACACAUAUAAGUCCACCAAUUCCUACCCCUGGUAGUUACACACAUAUAAGUCCACCAAUUCCUAGCCCUGGUAGUUACACACAUAUAAGUCCACCAAUUCCUACCCCUGGUAGUUACACACAUAUAAGUCCACCAAUUCCUACCCCUGGUAGUUACACACAUAUAAGUCCACCAAUUCCUACUCCUGGUAGUUACACACAUAUAAGUCUAAAAGAGGCUUUGUAAAUUUGGCCCAAUAUGUUUCUGGGACAGUCAGCCUUGGUGAUGAUAAAAUAAGUUUCAUCUUUUACUAAACUACCUCAGAAAAAAAUGCUGAUGUGGCUGUUACUUUCUUUUGUCAGAUCAAGGCAGAAAAGGUUAUAAAUAUUUACAGUGUAAGCUGCCAAAUAUAUCUUUAUGUAUGACUGGCUGCAUUUAGCUCUACAUGCAGCUAGAUCAAGUAUGUUGUUUCAUUGUAGCAUUUUGCCUUUCAUACUUAAAUUAGUGGUCAUAAUAGCCAUAGUAUUAAAAACUCAGUCUUCAUGGCAAACAUUUUAUACUGAUUUUUAAUGAGUUAGGAUAAAAUGGUGUUAAAUAAGAAGUAACUUUUAAAGAUUCAUCUUAAAUUUUUAUUAUUCUUAUUGUGGUGUCUAAAUAUAUUUUCACUAAAUUAGGAUUCAGAUUUCAGUCAGUUAAUUUGUCGGACAAUUUGAAACUGUAGUGAUGCAUUUAUUGACAGUAUUCUGUCGGCUAAGAAUAAACAGUAGUCUUUAGCACAUCUAGAACUUGUAAUACCCAUGACCCAAAGAACACAUUUAUUUGUAAUUACUCAUGGGCCAGUCUAUGAUUUCUAGGAGAUAGGGUUGAGAGGGAUCAAUAAUUAUGAAACGGGACUUCUUAACACCAUAGAUUUGUCGGGUCAGUGAAAGGUAAUUUCACUGUUAGUCUAAGUAUGUUUAAACAGAAUGUUGUAAAUGUCAGUGCCUUAGUGUCAGUUUCACUCACAUACACGCAUGCAUGUGCGCACGCGCGCACGCACAAAUACACACCUGCUAUAUCCUCUCUAACAUGGGGACCAGUGAUGCUGGUCACAUGCAGAGUAUACAUCGUUAUCAUCUAUAGCCAUGACAUCAGAAUAUUUUGUGUCACUAAGCUAUCCUUGUAAUACCAAUAAUGUGUGAUCUGAAAAAGACAGAUCUCACCAGCCACAGUGGUGUAGUGGUGAAGCCAUCACACUUAAAGACUGGUAGGUACUGGGUUGGCAUCCCAGUAUCGGCUUCCAUCCAAAGCGAGUUUUAGUAAUAACGACUCAGUGGGUAGGUGUAGGACCACUAACCGACUUCUCGCCCACUGUCCUGGACAGACAUCUCAGAUAGCGGAGAUGUGUGCCCAGGACAGCAUGCUUGAUCCUUAAUUGGAUAUAAGCACAAAUAUAAGUAUAAACAACCUAAGACUUAAAUCCACACCUGUCGCUUGUAAAAUAAUUUGAAUGUACAUGUAACACCAGUCACUGAGAGAGUUAUUGUUAUAUUUUUAUAUGGACGUGUAUUAAGUGCAGCAAAACUGUUGUGCAUUAUUAUUCCAUCAUAAAUGUGGAAUAACUCAACAUCAAUCUUAUUCAGUAUUUUCACAUCACUGUCACAAAACUACUGACAAAAUAAUUCACUGAUAUAACAUUUAAUUUUAAGAAUUUAACUUUAUUAUUUUUAAAAAUUUUUUUUAUAUGAAAAGGACUUUUAAAAUUUAAUACAUAUUUUAAAGUGUCUAGAAUCAUGUGCAUUUCCACCAAUAAUUGCUUCUCAAAUGAAAUAUUUUACAAGAAAGGACUUAUAACAUUACAUGAACAGAACUGAACAUAGGUUGGGUUUUUUUAAUCAUUUAAUACUGAAAAGGAAAUCACAACAUUUUAAAUGACCUUUUAUCCAAACAAUUUUUCUAUUUUUAAAACCUUUUUUAGUAAAAAAAACAAAACAAAAAAAGAAGAAAAAGUUUCCAUAAAUAUAUAACAGGUAUGAACACAAGGUGUUAGGUAUUUUUAACAUCAAUGUAAAUAUGAUUGAAUACGUAAACAAAUUUACAAAAUAAUAAUGAGAAAAGCCCAAAAAAGUACCCAAACUAAAAUUUGAUUAAAAACACAGCUUAGUGAUGAUUAAAUGAUGGUAUGUUUUUCUUUAUAAAAGAUAUGUUACAAACGUGCACUUUGACAUAUAAUCUAGAUUUUGUACACUAAUUUUAUUUUAAUAUACUGAAGCUGAUGUGUUUUAUAGUCACAGCUACAUGUAUAGUAUAACCUAGCAAAUGUUGAUCACUUUUACAAAUGUUUUACGGUACGGUAUUUUAAAGGAGUAGCAUAAUAAAAAAACCCAUAACAAUUUGUUUAUUUUUACUGCAGAAAAAUAACAUCAAAUAAAAUAGUGACUGCUGUGUAUUAUAGUUAAUACAAUAGUUAGUACCAUCGUACAACUAGUACAUUAUGUGACAUCCAUAUUUACCAUCGGACUAUACAUAAAGCUUCAUUUUUCUUCUAUCAUUUUUCUUCUUCUUCUUCUUCUUCUUCUUCUUCUGCCUCUUUUUCUGUCUGGUCUGUCCAGCAUACUAGUAGUUGAUUCAUGUUCUCAGUAAAACAAGUUUUUCAUUGUCAUUUUUCUACUUUUCUAAAUUCUUGCAUGUUGACAAGUGACGGCUGCUAAAUAAAGUAUAUUUGAUAUGUGCCUCUCAUUGGUCAUCAGCCUGUUAUUUGUUAACACUGCUUUAGUGUCUGUUAUGUGCAAAUUUUUUCUUAUAAAUCACCAACUUAGGCCUAAAAAAAGAUAUUUGUGUGUUUCCGUUUCCUAACCUACCCUAAUUUUAUGUAGCGACCUUGAAAUGUUUUGAAGGGGGGGGGGGGGGGGGGGGGGGGGAGUAAUUAAUUUUUUUUUAAAUCAUGAUCGUUGCAGUCAGCCACACCUUGGCUGCUUACAGUUUCUCGGUUUGAUUUGAUGGGUUUUUUUUAAAAAAAGGUCCGACUUACCUACCCUAUUUUUGUUUUUUAGGAUGAAACCUGAAACACAUAAAAAAAUGUUUAGGCCUUAUCAGUCUAGUAAACCAAAUUUUAUCCAACAGAUUUACACCUUUUAAAAAAAAAUAUAUAUAUUUUUCAUUUUAUUUUUGAAAGCGGUAGUCUUUGGAGACCAGUUUCCAAAAUGUUUAGCACAGCUGCUGGCAAUGCCAUGCAUGAUAACGUAUGGAAAAAAAAAGUGUUCAAAAAGAACCUUGUUUUAUAAAAGACAAUGUCAUUGACAGUAUGGUCAUCUAUUAUACCAGACAAAUAUUUACAUGUCUCAGAUUUCUAGUCUUGUUACAAUUUUUUAAAGUUUUAGAGAGCUUAGUUUUAACACAAAAUCAAGAUACCUUAACUAUAAAUUCACUUUUAGAUGUACAUACCAUUAUAUAAUUUAAGCAAGAGAAAUUCCCAAUAUAAGAAUUAUUUUGAAAAAAAAAAGAAGAAAAAAGGGUAAAAUAUAUAUCUUAUACAUUUAGACUACCACAGUGCACUCUGAACAAGUAUAAGAUACUUGGUUUAUUUUGAAUGUUACACAUAAUUCCUCUUACCAUUUCAAUUUUACAUGUUUUGUAUAUGUCUUGUGUACAUGUACAUUUAUGAUAAUAAAUUCUAAUAAUUG